CGAUAUCCCGUUCGAUGGCGUCCGAGGCGCCGCCAGCGAUCCGCCUCCAUGAAGCCGACGAGGUGACGGAGGGUACGAAGCUGCCCAACACCCUUCGCAUCACGGUGCUCCGCGCGCGCAACAUGGCCAAGGCCACGCUCCGUGCGACCACGAGUCUCUACUGCAAGCUUGCGUCGUCGGGCAUGACGUACAAGACGGCCAUCAAGGCGCGAACCAUCGACCCUGUCUGGAACGAAACGUUUUCAUUUCGCGCGAGCGACUACAUGACGACCGUGACGAUCGUUGUCGCCGACAAGGUCAACGUCAAGAAGCGCGUCGUGGGCCAGCUCCGCCUCGUCGCCUCCGACAUCAUGGCCGAGCCCACGAUGCGCUCCACGCGCUGGUAUACGCUCGUCGACAAGGCGUGGGCGCCCAACGAGAAGCUCGGCGAGCUCGAGAUCAAGGCGUCGCUCGUCUACGAGCGCGAGAACGAUAGCGUGCUCCAGCGCCGGGUCGACGUCCAGCGCGCGGUAGUCGCCCCCGCGGCCAUCGCGGUGGGCGAGACGUGGGACACGUCCGACGCCGACGGCUUUGCGGUACAGCAAGACGAGACCGACGACGACGCGCUGCUCCGUAAGCAAGAGCUCGACCUCCAAGAGAAGCAGCGGCUCGAAGCCCUGCUCGUCAACAUUCCGCGAGGUGAUUUCCAGAUCCAAGCGCACAUCCUCGAAGCGCGGGAUCUCAAAGGCGAAAACUUUGAUGGGACGUCCGACCCGGUGUGCUUCGUCGAAGUCAUGGGGAAGAAGCAGAAGACGUCGGUGAAAAGCCAGACGUUCUCAUGCGUCUUUGACGAGCUCCUCUUCUUCCGCUUCCGCAACAUUGGCCGGAAGGAGCUCGAGCAAGCCACCAUCACGGUAUCGGUCUACGACAGCAACGUCCUUCGGCCCAACGUCGAGAUCGGGACGUACCAAUUUGACGUCAUGAGCAUCUACUGCCGCCCCCAACGCGAGGUGUACCGGCAAUGGCUCGCGCUCGUCGACCACAAGAGCAAGAAGGACAAGGGCAUCCAAGGCUAUCUGCUCGUGAGCAUGGCGAUCGUCGGGCCCGGCGAAGCCUUCCCCGUGCACGAAGCGGUCAAGGAGAACGACACCAAGGACAUUCACGACCUCGUUUUACUGCCCCCGGCCAUCACGCAAUCCCUACACUUUCUUGUCGUGACCGUGUUUGCCGCCGAGGAGCUGCCAGCGCUCGACACGCCUACGCUCCUCUCGGCCGCCGGCAUUGACGCGUUUGUCCGCGUCGACUUUGCGGGCAAUGUCAAGUGCAAGACAAGCGUCAUCUCGAUCAAAGGCUCGCACAACUUGUCGGCCACGUUUCUCGAAGCGCUCUGGAUCCCCGUGCUCAUGCCUACGAUGAGUCGCCGCAUCAGCAUCAGCGUCCGGGACCGCGAGCUCGGUCGGUCGAGCAAACUUGUGGGGCAGAGCAUUCUCGACUUUCUCCAGCUACCGGCGAUCGACGCCGACCUGGCCGACGUGGCCAACGCCACUCUCUUGGAGCAGACGCCGCUGCGGUACAUCAACUUGUACGGGCCGCCGCUGCAAGCAAAUCAGCACUCGGACGCGUGCAAGCACAUGAAGCAGUUCCCUGAACACGGGUCGACGUACCGAGGCCGGCUCCUCGUGAGCGUGGCGCAUGUGCAGCGGCCAUCGCCCGACGAGAAUGAAAAGAUGCACGUCAAAGAGGUCACGAUCGAGGACUGGGACGCCCUGCGGCCGCCCAUGACGCGCUACGUACUCCGCGUUGCGCUCUUUUUUGGCCAAGACGUGCCACAGGUGCGACUGCGCACCGGUCUCUGCGCCAAGCUGUUUGUGGUCGUCAGCAUCGGCCAGUACGCCGUGCGCUUUGAUGCGAUGCCCGUCAAGCACGGGCGCGUGGUGUGGGGCGCGGCGCUCGACGCCAAGAACAUUGAGCUCCCGUCCAACUUGACGCAGCUGCCAGACGUCAUUGUGACACUCUGUCGCGAGUCCAGCGACGCCGACGACCUCCACGGUAUCGCGUACGCACGCAUUCGCAGCAGCGACCUCGUCCAAGCCGGCUUCCAAGUCCCGAUGCGCUGGCUGCACUUGCUCGAGGAAGUCGCGCGGCCGCCCGGCUUGCUCCCGGGGCAGUCGCCGGGCUCGCUCCUCCUCCGCGUCGCGUUUGGCCGCGAAGAGCUCGCUGCGCGCGAGGCGUGGGUCACACCGUUUAAUGCGAUCUCUGAGACGCUGCCGUGCAUGGUCCGCGUGCAUAUCUACCAAUGUCGCGGCCUCUUCGCCAAGUCAACGACUAAGAACGGACUGCCGGACCCGCAGAUCUUGGUGCAUCUGUUGCACGAGACGAAGAAGACCAAAGCAAAGCGGCGCACGCUCGACCCGCUCUACUACGAGUCGCUCCAGUUCAACGUGGACUUGCCGAGCAACUUGGAGUUUGCGCCCGAGCUCUGGCUCCAGGUGGUGUCGAAAACCGGCUACAGCAAUAGCACGACCAAAUAUCUCGGCGACUUGCGUAUUCCGCUGGCCAAAGCCACCAAGUCGACAUCCGUGCCGUACCCAGUGUGGCACACGCUCCGCUCCGACACGAACGUCCUCGAAGACCUCGGUGUGACGGGGGAGAUCUUGUUGUCCGUGCAGCUUCUCGUCAACCCGACGGCCGAAGAGCGCUCAAUUCCGCUGCCGUCGAUCGUGCCCGAGUGCCGGGACGCGUACGUCGACAUCAUUGCCAUGGGCGUCCGCAACCUCAAGUCGAAUCGCCUCUUCCACAUCCAGAAUCCGUUUGUCGAGUUUGAGCUCACGGGCGCAGCGUCGGCGAGCCGCGAGAACGCCGAGCGCCGCACAAAAGCAAGCCAUGAGCCGGAAAGCAAGAACGCAAAUUUCCUCGAACGGCUCGUGAUCCCGACGCGCCUCCCGAUCGACACGCUCUUCAGUCCGCAGCUCGUGCUCAAGGUGUACGACAGUACGAUGGGCGGACUGCACCAGCCGCUCAUUGCGUCGUGCGUGAUCGAUUUGACCAAGAAGCUGCCGUGGAGCCCGAGCUACGAGCCGCCGUUGCAGCAAGAAUUCGACUACCACCUCCACCUCGAGAAGCAGCGCAACCGCCAAUCGCAAAAGCAACACAGCGACGCUGGCAGCGAUGCCGACGAGAACGACGCCGACGAUCCCAAAGACGAUGGGUCCGACGACAACGACGGGGCUAACGUUGACGACGAUGACGACUUCAUGGGCAGUGCGUCGGGGAGCGACGACGACAACGACGACCCGGCCAAGGAAGACGAGACGCAGCCCGCUGUCCGCGACGACGGCACGGGCAUUGGUGCGCUUCACUUGCCCCACGUGUCGUACGAGCCCUCACCAGCGUCCCGGGACGACCCCGCCGUCCAAAAGCAGCUCCAGGCCGAGGCCGACCGCCGACUGUUCGCGUCAGUCGAAGACGCCAAGAAGAAAGGCCGCGUGUACAUUGUGCCUGGCACCAACAGUGACGUGUUGGACGCGGACAUGGCCGCCAAGAAGGGUUAUGACACGCCGCCGUACUUCGCCGGUCGCGACUGGUGGAUUCAAUCGGGCGGGAAGGAGCUCGAAGAGUACCUCAAGACCAAGCCGUUCGAGACGUACCCGCUCUUCCGCGCCCACACGGUCCUUGGGUCCCUCUUCCGCCGUCGCAAGGAGCGCAUCCAGAUACAAACGGGCGUCUUCAAAGGCCUCGUCGUCGUGACGCUCGAGUCGACCAAGCAGAGUCUGCUGGUGGAUUACACGUCGCUGACAGAGCCCAAGCCAUACGAAGUGCGCGUCUACGUCCUCCGCGCGACAAAUCUUCAGCCAAAAGACCGGAAUGGACUCAGCGAUCCGUAUUUGCGACUCCAAUUGGGUCAAAACAAGGUCAACGACCGCGACCAGCACCAGAAGAAGACGCUCAACCCCGACUUUUACCGUCUUUUCACGGUCGAAGCGACGAUCCCAGGCACAUCGCAGCUCUCCAUUUCGGUGUGGGACCACGACCGGUUUGGGACUGACGAUUUCAUUGGCGAGACCAUCAUCGACCUCGAAGAUCGGUGGUUCCACAAACAGUGGCAAGACAUUGGCCUGGGCCACCCCAAGCUCAAAGCCGCGGGAACGCUCAAGCCGAUCGAGUACCGACCGCUCUGGACGGGCAAGGAGGCGACGUCGCAGGGCACGCUGCAGCUGUGGGUCGACAUUCUCACGCCGUCGCAAGCGGCGAUCUACGAGCCGAUCGACAUUGCGCCGCCGCCACCGAAAAAGUUCGAAGUGCGCGUCGUCAUUUGGAAGUCGGAGGGGGUUGUCGACAAGGACCUGAGCGAGACGAACGACUUGUUUGUGAAAGCGUGGAUGGAGGGCCACAAGGCGCAGUCGACCGACAUUCACUGGCGCUGCUCGACGGGCAAAGCGAGCUGGAACUACCGCAUGAAGUUUCAAGUUGAAAUGCCCAUGAAGCCCGAGUUUGCGCGCCUGCAUCUGCAGCUCUGGGAGAAGGACCUCCUCAAGUGGCAAGACAUUAUCGGUACCUUGCAAUUUAUAGUCGUUGAGCACGAUCUCGUGUUCGUGCAGGCGGUACGGAGCUCGACCUUUACCGCUGGCUCCAGCUCGCGUACCAGGAGAACCGGACGGUCCUGCCGUUCAAAGAAAUGAAACAUGCAGCGCGCGUCCUGGAUGGCGACAGCGAUGGCGAGAGCGAGAAUGAGAGCGACGACGACAACCAAACCCAUCACUACGCCGAUCUCGACUUGGAGAAGAACCACGUCACCAAGCCGCUGCUCAACGAGAGAAAGAAGAAAUCGCCGUCUCGGUUGGGGAAGCUCCAGACGCUACUGCGGACCAAGGUCAACGCCAAAGCGAGUGGCGACGGCGCCAGUGUCCCAAACGCCCAACAAAAAGCCGACAAGCGCGCGGCCAAGGAAGAGAACGAAGCGAAAGAAGCGAUCGGCUCCUUCCUCGACUUUAUCGGGCUCGGGCGGCUCCACGACGACUCCGAGUGGCUCACGAUGCGCUUCCACAACCGCGCCGAAGGCAAAUCCGAAGAGAUGGGCCAAGUUGCUAUCGGGAUUCAAAUCGUGACCGAAGCCGAGUACAGCGCGACGCCGGUCGGGAGCGGCCGGAAGGAGCCCAACAUCAAUCCGUAUUUACCACCGACCGUCGGUCGCAUCAAGCUCAGCGCCAACCCCUUCAACGUCCUUCGCGAACUCGUGGGUCCCAAGGCCUGCGCCCGCAUUGCUUGCUUUUUGUGCUGCAUGGGCUGUCUCAGCUUCAUGGCGCUCUUUGGCGCCAGCAUCAUGAGCGCACUGACGUUCUACGAGCAAAUGAAGGUGCGUGCCGAGGCGGCUCAUAGCCGGCAGCCAUAACAAAACACUUGAGUUUGAACACACG